UAGAAGUUAGAUGAAAGUAAAUAAAUAUCUAUUUACAUAUACACACACAUAUAUACAAUAACUUUUAAGAUGAAGAAAUUUCAAAUAAAUAUUUUCAUAUUAAUAAUACUAUUUUUUGUGAAUAAAUCAUCAGCUAACACUUGUUUAUCAUGUAAACCAGAAGAAAUCGAUUGUACUAUAGAUCCUACAAAAAUUAAAAAUACUGUACCAUGUAAUUUUCCUAGUCAAGUUUGUUUUGUUAGAAUGGAUAAUGAAGGACGUAAUAUAAGAGGAUGUACAGAAGAGGAACAAUGUAAAAAUGAUUGUUUACCAUGCGCUAAUCGAAAUUGUAAUCAAGAUAUUUAUCCAUUUAAAAGACCAGUUUGUUAUCAAUGUAACGGUACUGAAUGUGCUAAUCCAGCAGAAAAUAUUAAACCUGAAAGAUGUUUAUAUCAUAAAAAUGAACAACAACAUGAUUGUUAUAGAACAAAGAAUGAAUUUUAUGUAAAAAGAGGUUGUGUUGCAAAUGUUACACAAGAAGAUCUUAAAUGUCCAGGAUAUAAUAAAAAUUGCACCUUAGAUUAUUGUUCACAUUUUGAUCAAGAUAAAGGAAAGCCAUGUAAUUUCUUACCAGUUGAAUUAACAUAUAAAUGUUAUGGUUGUAAUAGUAAUGAAAUAUCAAAUUGUGCAAAUGAAUUUACCGAAACUAUUCAUGAAAUUUGUAAAGAAUAUAAAGGAUGUUAUGAGCGAUUUGUUGAUGGUGUCGCAUAUCGUGGUUGUGCUUCAAGUUUAUCACCUGAUGAAUUAAAUCAAUGUAAGGAUCCUAAUAAUGCAAAGUGUCGUUAUUGUGAUUCGCCUGUUUGUAAUUUUGAAGAAAUAAAUGCUGCCAAUAUGAUCAAGUAUACGAGUAUAAGUUUUCUUCUUUCGAUUUUAAGUCUUUUUAAAUUAAUUUAAAAAUUAAAGCAAAAGCAAAAAUUCAUUAUUUUAAGAAUUUUUUUGUUAUUCUUAAAUUUGUAAAUUUUAUUAUAUUUUUUUUUUUUUUUUUUGUUUAAUAAAAAAAAUUUUUAUACUAGUUUGAAAAUUAAGAAAUUAAUAAUUAUAUUUUUCAUUACAAAACUUAAUUUUAUUCGCAUUGAAAUUUAAA